UGACCUCAUGAGCGUGCUAUAAAUUCACCACCUGCACAUUCACACAGCACAUUCAACCACCACAGAGAAGAUUCUACACGGCUCCAAGACGCUUAACGAGCUUUUCCCAAGACGAUAAUGGAUCCCUGCGAGUGCUCCAAGACUGGAACCUGCAACUGCGGUACAUCCUGUAAAUGCUCAAACUGCCAGUGUGCAUGCUGCAAGAAAAGCUGCUGCUCUUGCUGCCCUUCUGGCUGCAGUAAGUGUGCGUCUGGAUGCGUGUGCAAGGGUGAUACCUGCGAUUCCAAGUGCUGCCAGUGAAGACUCCAACGUUACCUCCAUGUUACUCUGUCUUUGUAUAGCUUGUAGCAUGUAGGUUUCUCUUUAUGUGGACAUUCCAAUGAAUAGUAUCAGUAGUACAUGUCCUUGAUGGUGAUCUGUUUUGUUUUUUUUUUUGUCAAACUUGUUGCUUUUGUUUCUAAUGAUGACUCUUCUCAUGUCAGCUCCUUUUGUAUAAGGCCUUCUCUUUCUUAAAGUGCACUUCUGAAGAGUAGGAGCUUUGUCAAAUAGGGUUUUUGACACUUGUGGACUAACCAUACAUGUAACUGUCAUAUCGUCAUGUAUAAUAAAUGACUUGAAUCAA